AUAUUUUUUUGAUGAACACAUGCAUCAACUUCUGGAACCGCGUAACGAAAGGCAAAAGAACAAGGAAAGAAGAAAACAGAGAAAUUUUGAUAUCCGAUUCUGAUCUCAAACAAAAACCAUUCAGAUCACACUUCUCUCCCUCCAUUCUCGCCAUUCCUUAUACUAUCUAAAGUGUAAAAAUGGAGGGGACUGUCUUCGGUCCUGCACUGGAAGAACUCCAACAUGUAAAGUCUGAGCGAGGAGAAAUUCUGACCAAACAUUUCUUGGAUUCGUGCAGACACAUAUUGCCUGUUAUAGAAAAGUUUGGAGCUGCUAUGACCCUUGUUAAAUCUGACAUAGGUGGCAAUAUAACGAGAUUAGAAACUUUAUAUUCAUCCAAUCCAUCAAGAUUUAAUAUCUUGUACAGUUUGGUACAAGUAGAGAUUGAAAGUAAAACCGCUAAAUCAUCAUCCAGUUGUACCAAUGGACUUCUUUGGCUAACAAGAGCAAUGGAUUUCUUGGUGGCUUUGUUCCAAAACUUGAUUGAGCAUGAUGACUGGCCAAUGUCACAAGCCUGUACGGAUGCAUACAACAAGACUCUGAAGAAAUGGCAUGGAUGGCUUGCUAGUUCAAGCUUCACUGUAAUGUUCUUUUCAUACUCUGCUCUUGUAGUCAUGAAGCUUGCUCCAGACAGGAAGAAGUUCAUGGAGGUGAUAGGAGGCAACGGUGAUAUCAAUGCUGACAUAGAGAAAUUUUGUACAAUCUUCUCUCCUCUCCUUGAACAGAAUCACAAAUUUCUGGCGCGUUUUAAAUUGGAUGAUAUGAAGGCAUCAUGAAUCACAGAUUCGUACAUGGUCGAAAAGACCUAAUGAGUGACUCUUGCAUGGAAUCAUGGUCAGAAGUUCCUGAGGAGAGGCUCUUGCAUGCUCACUCUUAUCUCUUAUUGAGUCUAUUAUAUCCAUGUUUUCACCUUUGGCAUCCAGAUCAACUAGCAUGAUAAAUAAGGAUUAUCUUCAAUGUGCCACUAAUUUUACUCUUUUAAACUUUAUUCUGUCAUAUUUGUUACUAUCAAGUAGUUUACUGUGAAGCCAAGGCUACCAAAAGUUCCAUUAACCUGUUUUCUGCUAUACCUUAAUACCUUAUAAAAUCUUGAUAAUGAAACUGUUUAAUCCUGUUAGAGUUACACUAGUUCAACUUUGUCUCAUUGUACGUCUAUUUGAUCAUAAUAUUGUUGUUUUAUCCCAA